AUGAAUGAAACUCACCACCAAAUUAAUAUGUCAACUGAAGGGGUAAAGGAAAAGCGUUCGAGUGGCCGAUCACUUGAAUUGACUCCAGAGAUAGGAACACUGUUUGUUUUCUUCACUGGUGGUAUUGUAUUUUUAACACUUAUAGUGAAUGGUUCGACAACACAGUUCGUUUUACACUGCCUUGACAUGGACAAGUUAACAGUUGCAAAGAAACGUAUCCUUGAUUUCACAAAGUAUGAAAUGUUGAACAAAGCACUAGAAGCUUUUGGUGAACUUGGAGAUGAUGAGGAACUUGGAGAAUUUUAACUGAUGCAAAGUAGUCAAUGCUUCUGACUUAAUCUUUGUUUCAAUAUGAGAUUUUGUUUUAUUUGUAGAAGAUACAAAUCUAAUGUCAAUAGCAUUAAUUACCAUUUUCCUAUAUAUCUUAUGGCAGUUAAGAUUAAUUUAUACAUAUAAUUACGUUCUUAUGUUACAAAUGUCU